AUGAGUGCAUUUUCCGUCGCUCAACUCGCCAUCUACUCGGUUCUUGUAUGCCCAGCGUUGUAUCUGACGCUGUGUCAUCGUCGGAACGGAGUGUUAGGCUGGGGCUAUCUGAUGGUGUUUUGUAUACUCCGGAUUACCGGCGGUGCCCUCUCGAUUCACAGUAGCGGCUCCGGCGCAAAGAUUAUUUCAAGCGUUGGGAUCUCCCUCAUGCUGCUUGCUUUAGAUGGAAUACUGCAUGAAGCGAGGGUGUACCGCAGUCGAAACCUGAACAAACGUUUAGAAUACACAUUUAUGGCCUUCGUCCAUGUGGUCGUUGCUACCGGAGUUGCCAUGGUCGGCACAGGAGCCAGCAGCCUAGCCGGGAAGAAUCCAGAAGCGAGCGAUCAGACGAAUCUUGACGUUGGAAUGGCGUUGCUCGAGGCAUGUUGGGCAACACUGACCGUCUGGGCCCUGUGGACAUUGAAGGAUUGCACUCCUCCGCGGCGUGCUCUUAGCGACGGCUUUUAUCGGUAUCCGGGUUACGUACGGACUGAUCGCGGAAUCAACCUAAAACGAAACCUGAAUCCGGUGAAUGGCUCCCUAGCCAUUCGUACAGUCCUUGGUCUUCUACCCGAGCUUAUUACAACUUUGAUCUUGAUGUUCGUUGGCUUUCGUACGCGACAUAUCGGUGGUAUAAGUUAUAACCGCCGAAUGGUGCAGCAGGACGAGACAUAA